UAAAAGAUUGGCUCAACGUUUUAAAAAAAUUAGUUUUUUUUAACUGAACUUCACUGUGUUAGGCAUCAUGUCUGAUUCAGGCGGUGCUGAUAGUGCAUAUGAACAGGGUGAACUCGAACCAAGUCCUGAAGCAGAGCAUCAUGUGAAAGGACGACAUCUUUCUCUGUCUCCACAUUCACAGGAAACCAUUGACGACGACAUCAUUAUUAUUAAAGACAGAGACGACGGUGUUAGUGAACACGAGGAGUUGGACAUCAAGCCUCCGCAGUCGCACGCGGGGAAGAAAGAUAAGUCUCACAAACACCGCCACAAGGAGGAACACCGGCGAGAGAAAGAGCGCAGAAGUCGAGUGCGCAGAGACCGAAUGGAGAGGACGGAGUGGGAACACCACGAAAACCGAGGGGUUUACCCCGGUCACACCGAGGCCCCGAGGGGCCACCACACAGUGCACAGUCACGACAGACGUGAGUUUAAAGAUGCUGUGCCGAUACAGCCGAGGAACCCUGGGCGUGAACGACCCCUGGAGCGCGAACGCAAGAUAGGCCGGGACCGAGUGGCUGAAACCAGUGCAGAGCGGCAACUGCGGGACGAGUCGAAGGAAGCCAGAGAGAUGAGAAAGAGACAAGAAUCGUUAGAUGAACGUGACAGACUGGAGAGACUUGAGCGCGAGAGACAAAGGGAACGAAAAAUGCGUGAAGAACGAAUUAGAAAACUUGAAGAAAGGGUUGCCAGAGCGAAACGGAAAGAAGAGGUGAGAAGAAACGUCCAGUCCAGGGUCGAAGAUCGUAGUAAGAGGUCGCGCAAUGAAAGGUCAGUGAGAGACAGGAGCCAAAGUGAUGACAGACGUCACCGACGUGACAUGGAGAAGAACACAGACAAACUGAGACUGAAGAAGAAAGACACAGUGGAACAGAGAGUGAAGGUUGUCGGACCGCACACCCCACCUGAAGAAGACUUUGAAACUCAUAAACAUGAGGAGACUGAGGAGGUUGAGGGUGAGAGUGAGGAAGAGGAGGAGGAGGAAGAAGAAGAGGAGGAGGUUGAGGAAGAAGAGGAAGAGGUUGAGGAGGAGGAGGUUGAGGAGGAAGAAAGUGUCAAUUCGGAAUCAGCAUCGGAUUCAGAGUCAGACUCAUCCACUGAGAGUGACAGCAGUGCACAGAACUCGGAACCUGGGGCCGGAGCCGGACCUAUUGUGAAACACGAGAAAGUGAAGUCAAAAUUUGAUCAUUCUGAGGAAGAAAGCGAAACAGAAUCUCCUGUAACAAAUGAAAGGGACAGCAUGGAAUAUGUUCAAGCCUCCCCGUCACCAUCCCCCGUCGAUGAGGUAUCGCACCUCCCCCUGUACUUCCCUGCCAUACAGGGCUGUCGGAAUGUGGAGGAAUUCCACUGCCUUAACCGAAUUGAAGAAGGGACGUACGGUGUUGUGUACCGCGCUCGUGACAAGAAGACGAAUGAAAUUGUCGCGCUGAAGAGGUUGAAGAUGGAAAAGGAAAAGGAAGGAUUCCCCAUAACUGCCUUGAGAGAGAUAAACACAUUGUUGAAGUCGCAACACCCUAACAUUGUAACUGUGCGCGAGAUCGUGAUAGGCAGUAACAUGGACAAGAUCUACCUGGUCAUGGACUACGUUGAACACGAUCUCAAGCGACUGAUGGAGUCCAUGAAAAGUCCAUUUCUUGCAGGUGAGGUGAAGACGUUAGUACAGCAGCUGCUGAGAGCGGUUAUUCAUCUCCAUGACAACUGGAUUCUCCACCGUGAUCUGAAGACAUCCAACUUGUUACUGAGUCACCGCGGUAUUCUUAAGGUUGGCGACUUUGGUCUGGCUCGGGAAUACGGUUCCCCGCUGAAAAAUUACACUCCAGUGGUGGUCACCUUGUGGUACAGAGCGCCAGAACUACUUCUAGGGGUGAAGCAAUAUUCGUGUCCAGUCGACAUGUGGUCUGUCGGGUGUAUAUUUGCCGAGUUCCUCACCAUGAAGGCUCUGUGGCCUGGCAAGUCGGAAAUCGAUCAGCUCAACAGAAUAUUUAAGGAUCUCGGCACCCCAAACAAGAAGAUCUGGCCUGGAGUCGAGGACCUGCCCGUUAUGAAGAAGUGCACGUUCACAGAUUACUCGUACAACACGCUACGCAAUCACUUCGGUUCCUAUCUCACCGACACGGGAUUCGACCUUCUAAACAAAUUUUUAACGUAUUGUCCUGAGCGACGAAUCACAGCGGAGGAUGCACUGAAACACGAGUACUUCAGGGAGGCUCCACUUCCCGUGGACCCGUCCAUGUUUCCAACCUGGCCGGCCAAGAGCGAACAACAGCCCCGCAAACAUCAAAGUUCACCAAAACCUCCGUCGGGUGGAAAAGCGUAUGCUAAGUUACUGGAUGAUGAAGAGUCGAUAGGUUUCCACAUGAGCAACGCUGUCAAAGGAGCUUCAGCUCAAGGUCCAGGAUUCUCACUCAAGUUCUGAUUGGCUGGAGUUUUUUGUAAAGUCGUGUUUUGAUUUGAUGGAAUUUUUACUCAGUUUGUGAUUGGUCAGGACUCUCAAGUUCUGAUUGGCCAGGACUUGCACGGAAAUUGUGAUCAACCAGGAUUUAUACCAUCACUCAAAUUCUGAUUUAUCAGGAUUGGCAGUCAAGUUCUGAUUGGCUGGAUUUUUUGUAAAAUCAUGUUUUGAUUUGCUGGAAUAUUUACUCGGUUUCUGAUUGGCCAGGAUUUUCACUAAAAUAGUGAUUGACCAGGAUUUCCACCAUCACUCAAAUUCUGAUUAGCCAGGAUUGGCACUCAAGUCCUGAUUGGCUGGGGUUUUUUUUAAAAACUGAAGUUUUGAUUGGCUGAGGAUUGUUAUUCAAUCUCUGAUUGACUUGAAAACUUUACUCUUGUUCUGAUUUGACCAGGAUUGUUUUUUCUACGAAAUCUCAUAAUGGCCUGGUAUUGACGCUCGAGUUUUGAUUAGCUGUGCAGAAGUUGGACAGAAAAUCUUGAGCUAAUUACUCCAGUUCCCAAUCAUCCUUAAAUCACCGGCCUUGGUUGUGUAAUCAACUUUAAGGCUGUAGGGCUUCUAAAAUGUUUAUAAAAUCCACUAGCCAUGGGAUCAGUGAUUUAAAAAAUUUACUAGCCACAAUUAAAAAUUCACUAGUCCUACUUUAAUUUUAAGUUAAUACAAUUUUACCAAAUACUAAUAUUAAUCAGAUAUGUCACCUAAAGAGAGAAAUAGAACUUAAAAGCUCUAACACUUGGUGCAGGAUAUAUAUAUAUAUAUUUACAAAACAGACUGCAGUAUUUGACCUUUUUCACUAGCCGUCGGGCAUUGUAAUUGUAGUUAUUUACUAGCCCCACAUUGAAUAUCACUAGCCAUGGGAGUGGGGCUACCAUAAUCUAGAAGCCCUGCCUAAUUACUCUAGUUCCCAGUCAUCCUUAAAUCACCGACCUUGGUUGUGUAAUCAACUUUAAGGUCAUAUCUCAAUGACGAUAUAACCACGAUUCAUGGUUCAAACUCGGUGUAAAAAACAAUCAGCUGAACUUUGUAUUUCACGCUAACUGGAUGAUUUUUCACAUAAAAUAAUCAUUUCUGACAUGAUCAGUGCUUUAAUUGUAAACCAAGUCACAGUCACAGGGUUCGACAAAUCCACGGCUAGUGAAUUUGUGGUCUGGGCUAAUGGAAAUGAUCAGCUUUAAUGGUAUAAUACAUCUAGGGCUCUAUGGCUAGUGACUUUCUCAAACAUUUGUCGAAAACUGAUAGUUUAGAGUUUAAGCCACAGGCAUUUCAACCACCGAUGAGAAAUCAGGAUCCUGACUUGUUGAUUGCAUAUUUCGCAUUCCAGUACCAGCAGCAACGCAGAGUGUUAAUGACUCGGUAGGGAAAUACAGCAACAUCUCACUAUCUGUUAGUGAUGUUCUGAUGAUAGAAAAUUGAUAAGUUUUCGAUCUAGGAAUGUGAUGAUCGAUUAUGAAAUUAUGGUUGAUUGCAUAUUUCUCAUUCCAGUACCAGCAACAACUCAGAGUGCUAAUGACUUGGUAGGGAAAUACAGCAACGUAUCUAUUAGUGGUGUUCUGAAAUUAUAAUCGAUUUCUGCUGGAAAUGUUAACUGUAAUUAUUUGUGGAGUUUAGAUAAUGAAAUAUACUGAGUUGAAUUAAAAACUUCACAACC